AACUCAUCUCCAGAGGACAUCACUGUCAACUAUCCCACCUUGGCCUUCCGAGCAGCACCUCCUCUUCCCUGUUCUUCAGCCAGCUCACCGGGGUCUUAUGAAUCUGUGGGGAUGUUUCAACUCUGGAGCAAUGAGGUGCCAUCACGCUCUCACACAACCAUGGCGUUUGGACGACCCAAGAUGCCAUACCAUGAGCAGAUGGUGGCCAGCAGUUGUGGUGCCUCAGCCCACGAACUGCCGCUGACACCGCCGGCUGAGGCCAUCUACUCCUUGGAGUGGUCACCUGUCAAGAUGUUGGCACCCACAGUGCACCCCUCAUAUACUUUCCCAGAAGCCCAGGACUCCUCCAAUUUUCUGCAAGGCCCGUGGUCUUUGGGUCCAGCUGUCCCUCCCGCCCCCUCCUCCACUGAUGAUGCCCCUUGGUGGACCCUGCAGCAGCCAAGCAAUUUCUCUCUGGGACAUCCACUAGUUCUCAGUCCCCAGCCUCCCCUUGCGCCCUUCCUGCAGAGCCCUCCCAAAGGGCUGUUGAGUACAGCUCGCCGUUGUCGUCGCUGCAAAUGCCCCAACUGCCAGGGAGCCAGCAGGUCCCACGAGGAGCCAGGGAGGAAGAAGCAACAUGUCUGCCAUCUGCCAGGGUGCGGCAAGGUCUAUGGCAAAACCUCUCACUUGAAGGCCCACCUCCGCUGGCAUGCAGGCGAGCGCCCCUUCAUUUGCUCCUGGCUGUACUGUGGGAAGAGCUUCACUCGCUCUGAUGAGCUGCAAAGGCACCUUCGGACACACACGGGGGAGAAGCGUUUUGGCUGCCAGCUGUGCCCCAAGAGAUUUAUGCGCAGUGAUCACCUAGCAAAGCAUGUCAAGACCCACCAGGGAAAGCGGGUCCGGAAUGUGGCUGUUGUGACAGCAGCCGCAGUGGGCAUCAAGCGAGAGUGA